UUACAAUUAUUAUUUGCAAAGACUAAAAUUUAAAAAGACAAACACACUGGUUACCGAUGUGGAUACAGUUCCCUUCGCAGACCUACUAGUACUACUCCGGGACUCAGGUUCCAGCAGCCAGUUAGGGCUAUUUCUUAUCAUAAGGCUUGGCUACCAGAGGAGAAGAGGACAGCUCUCGCCGAAAUGAAUGUUACUAAAGCAGUGAAACAACUUGCCUCGUUCGCGCUUGGAAUAAUUGUCAGCUGGUGUUGUGUUAGACUUGCCUCGAUGAGGAUUCAGUCGGAUGGCUUGACCAGUCCACAGCUUGGUGUGCAGAAAGAGCAUGUGCUGAGCCAAGAGGUUACCGUCAUGACAGAAGUCCACAUUGACUUCACCAACCCUGACAUCAAGGCCAUCGUCAAUCGCCAGGAGAAAGCCUUUCGUUCUUCGAACGCUUCUCAGGUCUAUCUGGUUGUGCUGAUAAAGUCCUUUGCAAAGAAUAAACUCAGUCGUGAUGCUCUGCGUACGUCAUGGUUCAUUCGUGAUACUAAAACGUAUCGUCCCGUACCUAGCAAAUUGAUACGACAAUAUUUCCUGGUGGGAGAUGCAGAAGACGAGGACACUGAACAGCAAUUGAAACAGGAGCAGCGUGAAUUCGUUGACAUCAUACGUGUCCCAUUUUCAGACAACUAUGAUUUCCUUGCACCCAAGGUAUUCUACGGCCUACAGUACGCUGCACAGCACCUAGAGUUUGAGUACGCCCUAGUCGCCGAUCAGGACACUCUGGUCAACUGGCAGACACUGCUGCCCUGGAUGGCGUCACACCCGCGCCGCAACCUCUACGCUGGCAAACUAGUCAAGGACCGGCCUGUCAAUCGCGACCCUGCUGCCAAGUUUCAUGUGCCAAAAGAGAUAUAUGCGCCAGCAAAGUACCCGCCGGUUGCUGCUGGUUUCGGCUACUUGAUGAGCUCUGAUGUCGUGCACGGUCUCCUUUCUGCUAUGGAAAAACACGCGCUGGUAGGAGAAGACGAUGCAAUGGUUGGUGUUAUUGCCUCUUCUCUCGGCGUGCAAGUGACCGAUGUUGGUGCGUUCCAGGUACACGGUGCCUGCACUGUUAAGUUUCCCAUGGUGCUGGCUGGUGUGAGUGGGUCCGGGCAGAUGACCAGUCUGCAUCAGAAGGGCCUACAGAGACUAGCCGUGUGUGGCUGAGCCGUAUCCUGCUGUCACCAUACCCCCACCGCUACUGCUGGCGCUACUUCAGUACUUCUACUGCUGUGUGCCCGGUGACAAUCUUGCCACGCGGCCUCUAGAGACACGCUUUCCGCUGUGUGGCAUACAUUGCGGAUGUGUGCAUACUGGCACACUGAUGCUUGGCUUCUUACAGUGUUUCCUGAUGCUCUACUCUGCGCUGCUAGGAACACGUACGUAUACAGCCGUUGUGGCAUGGUAUUAUACAGUGUGCAUGUACCGGUAUUUUAGUGCUGCUACGUGUACAUUGGUUGGGAGAUGCUCCAUACUGCCCAGCACUGUUGUGAGAACCUGUGCAGCUGAAUAUGGAUGCAUCCCUUUCUGCAGCUAGCAUGUUACUUCAAUCCCACUUCGUUGGGACCCCUGUAUUCCAGGGCCAAUCUAUCAUCAUUAUCCUGGAGAGGAGCUUCUGCACUGGAACUAGUUCUCCAAAGCUUGGGAUUUGCGUCGAGUGUAACGGCUCUGCAGCGUGGCAGUUUCUAGUGGAGUUGUACGUCUGAGCCUGGUCUGGGUGUGGACGAGGCCAGCGGUGGCUCUGUGCGUUGGCUGAGCAGCUUAGUUACGUAGUAUGUGCAGCAGUGCUCAGCAUUUGACAAGCUGAACCGUGGACGGCUUCCAGGCAGCGCAGCAUACGUGUACGCUAUCACCACUACAGUAGAUGCUUGUCAUCUUGUCUUUGGAACAGCUGCUGCUACCACAACUACGGGGUGCAAUAUUUUUAUUCAAGCGCAGCGAAAUGUGAGAACAAGAAACAGCUCUACUACAUGCCACCAUAGUGUGUAUUCGCUCACUGGAGUGCCAGGCUGCUGACCAUCCCUGUUGUGAUGCUACUAUCACCAGCCCGCCCGCAUUCAUAGGUCGCUGCGACGAGCAGAGCAUGUCGCCACGGACAGCAGCAGCAGCAACACCACUGCAUGAGCAAAGAGCACUGGUCCAUGGAGCAUGUUGGAUGUGAUGUGUCGGUAAGAAUGGUGCCCAGUGCUGUGUGAUUUGCUCCUGCUGUACUUGUCCAGUGGAGUGCGUGCAGACUUCCCUGUCUCAGUCAUCCCGGCGCAGCGACUGUCUGUUGUACAUCUGCCCCGGUGUGUAUGUGUGCAUGUGCUUGCACUUUCUGACGAGAUUGCACAUUGCACUGAUGUACGUAUCCCCGUAGGUGUGUGUAUGUGUACAUGUACACGUCCGGUUGGGUGUUCAUUGUGCAUUCGACCAGUUAAGGCCAAUGCUCAAUAGGGUCUUGUACGUUUAACACUCGGCCGGAUAUACGGGAUUUUCGUACGUGACAAUGUUGUGUACAAGGGUUAUAAGGGUUUUUAAUUUUCCCUUUUUAUCACAAUCACCUCAUCUUGUAUUUCACUUUAUCACUCUUCUAUAUCGACCUCCACUAAUUCUUGUGAUUCUUGACUGGUCCUAUAUUACCCAUAUUGCCGUAAUAUCGACCGCUUGAAUCAACCACUUAGGCAUUGUAAUCUUUCGACUUUGGAGAAAAUUUGAAAGAUAGAAGUCAAAGGAAGAGAACAA